UCUGAACAAGUUUAUGAAGCUGAAAGAGCAUAUCUGAAAAGCAUGAACACGCUCCCGGUUGAGGGAUGUGCAGAGUGCCCGGCUGGCUCGUGCGUGACUGGCAUGCGCGCGGCCGUCCCCUCCCAGCUGCCAGUGCGACUCCUUUUAGAGACUCCCUGAAAGGGGGGUCGUCUGCUAUCUGCAGGCUGGGCUGCUCCGCAAAGCUCCGGUACCCUGCGAGCUGUCGCUCCAACGGGGAUCAGGUGAAUAGGAACUGCUGUCGGCCUGUUUGGUUUUAGCCGCCCCAAGCGCGGUGUCCGUCUCCAUCCAGGCCACCGCAAGCGUUCAUUCUCCGCACCAAAGGCCGUACGGCGAUGGAUCCAGCGGAAGGCACGGCUGUACCGGCAGACGCCCUGCAAGUGACCGAUAUGACCCGGCUGCGACGCUUCCUGUGCUUCGGAUCGGAGGGCAGCGUGUACGGCGCCAGAGCACAGCAGCCGGGCAUGGAGAACACGCAGAUGCUGAUGCGGCUGAUAGAGGACGGCCGAGGGUGCGAGGUGGUGGAGGAGAUCCGCAGAUUCAGCCAGGACGGCGCGUCGGUCUCUCCCAGCCCGGUGCUGUUCGCCCUGGCCGUCUGCUCGCAGCAACCGGACGCCAAAACCAAGCAGGCAGCCUACGAGGCGCUCAGGGACGUGUGCCGACUCCCCGCACACCUCUUCUCCUUCGUGCAGUUCAAGAAGGAGCUGAAGGAGGGCAUGCAUUGCGGCAUAUGGGGCCGGGCGCUGCGGAAAGGCGUCUCGGACUGGUACAACCAAAAAGAGGCCAUGAGCCUGGCAGUGGCCGUCACCAAGUACAAGCAGAGGAGCGGGUGGUCGCAUAAAGACUUACUGAGACUGUCACACAUGAAGCCAGCAAAUGCAGGGAUUUCCUUGAUCAAUAAGUACAUCACAAAAGGAUGGAAGGAGGUCCAGGCGGCAUAUAGCAAUACGGAGAACUCUGAGGAGGUUGCUGAAGUUCUGAGGUAUCUUGAAGCUGUUGAGAAGGUGAAGCACUCCACGGAUGAGUUGGAGGUGAUUCAUCUACUAGAGGAGCAUGGACUAGAGCCAGAACAGUUACUGACAAGCCACCUGAAGUCAAAAGAGGUGUGCAAGACGUUACUUAAGGAAAUGCCCAUAGCUACUUUGCUGAGGAGCCUGGGGAAGAUGACUGCUGAUAACGUGCUGCAGCAAGGUAGUUUGGACACUGCCCUGGUCUGCGAGAGACUCCAGUCGGAAUCUGCUCUGAGGAAGGAUAAAAUCCACCCCUUUCAUGUUUUGCUGGCUCUGCAAGCCUAUAAGAAAGGGCAGUCAAGCAGAGGAAAAGUGAAGUGGGAGACUGACCAUGCAGUUGUCCAGGCACUGGAUGCCGCCUUUAACAAGUGUUUCGUGAAUGUUGAACCCACUGGGAAGCGCUUCGUGUUGGCUGUGGACGUCUGUAUGUCAAACAGCCUGGUUCUGGGAAGUCACCUCAAUGCUACCACAGCAGCUGCAGCCAUGACUAUGGGUAUCGUACGAGCAGAAACGGAGCCGCAGAUUUUGGUGUUUUCCGAAGGAGCCGUCAUUCCCAGCCCUGUCACCCCUGACAUGUCUCUCACACAAGUAAUGGCAGAGCUAGCGAAGAGUACUGGUGGUGCAACGAACUGUGUCCUCCCCAUCGUCUGGGCCACGGAGAACCAGAAACCAACAGACGUCUUCAUCAUCCUGACGAGCAACACCAGCUUGGGGAGGAUUCACGCAGCAGAAGCACUCAGGAUGCACAGAUAUAGAAUGGGAUUGUCCUCCAAAUUAAUAGUGUGUGGCUUGACCUCAAACGGGUUCUCCAUCGCGGAUCCAGAGGACCGAGGCAUGAUGGACAUUUCCGGCUUUGACUCUGGAGCCCUACUGGUCAUCCAGAAUUUCAUUUUGGAUCAAAUCUGAGAGGAACGCGUUUGGGGGCAGAAAAGGACAAAACAUUUUUAUAUAUUAGCAAUUAGGAAUAAAAGGGUCCAGUGGAACGUUAAAUCAUAAAAGAACACAGAAAUUACAGUAAUGCAUCCGUUUUUUUUCUCCCUAGUUUAGUCACUGGAAAUUCUAAUACUAACAUUUUGUCCAGCAGGCUGGAUGAUUAUAUAUUGGAAUAUCAGACAGUGUCACACAUUGCUGCAGAGGCUUUUUGGUAUGAAAUUGCAUUUUAAUAUAAAAUUAAACAGGCCCAGCAAUAGUAUCAAAGUUCUGAUAUAGUAUCAGCAGUAUAGUGUACUGAACAAAAUGAAGUGGACAGAAGAUUCUUCCCGACAAGCAGGAGUUUCUUAGCAAAAGGUUAAGUAUGCUGCUGGCAACUAACACUUGAUAGAAAAGUUUUUGGAAUGUUUUUGUUUUUUUUUUCCUUUAGGUUCACGCUAAGCAUGUAUAUUGUGAUGUGCGUGGUAUGUAAUGGAAGUGUUUCACAACCCAGUUAGUGGGGACCCCCCAGACUGUCCUACCAGGGAGCCGGGAGGGAGCAAAAAUGUGGACAGUCUGGCAGGGAGGUGGGAGGGAGCAGAAAUUGUGGACUGUCUGGCAGGGAGCUGGGAGGGAGCAAAAAUGUGAACUGUCUGGCAGGGAGCUGGGAGGGAGCAAAAAUGUGGACUGUCUGGUGGGUCAAUGAGGACCGAGCUGAAAAGCACCCCAUUAUGGGCCAAUUUUACCUCUUCCUUGCUCCAUCCAUUCAGAUAUGAGAAGUGGGUAGAACUUUUUAAAUAGAUAAUGGGUAGAGGUCAAUUGUAGCAUUGUUUUUAAUCAUCUUUACCUUGGUUACAUAGAAUGACUGAUAUCUGGAGUGGAUGCAUCAUUUAAAAAAAAAUUAUUUCUCCUUAAUUUGUUUACAGUCUUUAUCCCCAUUUAUGUGAUGCCUACUGUGCAUUACCAUGGAAGUUUUCCGGUGCUGAUCCUGCUGGCGAAGAUGAAUCCACCUUUUUAUUGUUUGACAAAGUUACACCUGCUAGGUAAUAGAAAAAAAAAAUACUGCCAGAAGUCAUAACACUUAAGCGUCAGAAAGUUAGACUAAUUCAAACUAACGUAGCAAUGUUUCACUACUUUUUAGAUGUGAAAGCUGCAAUUGAAUGUACCUUUUUUAUAUUAUUCAUGUAACACUUUAGAUCUGUAUUUUAAAUGAAUUUGAAAUACUUUAUACUUCAAACAAAAAUGAAAUAAACUAAAAAAUGACA